GCAAACGCAACGUAACUGUUUAUCGCUCUUAUCAAGUGAUAAGAAUAACAAGAAUAAAAAAAGGACUACGUGGCUAGACCAACAUCGUUUCACUUCUUUUAUGGAGACAUCUGCUCCAUUGGGAACACUCGGCCGUUACACGACGAAGAUGGUACUAUUGCACGUGGCUAUCAGCUGAUACGCGUCGUGCGCCUGCGGAAUGUCAUUUUGCAGCCUCUUUCCAGUCCUCCAGAACCGUUUUAUACGUCUAUUACAUCAGUCGGUAUCCAGCAGUUGACUGGGUCGGAACGCUCGUCGUCGCUCACGAUUCUCAAAUAACUUGUUUAACGAGAAUUUCCGGCUUAUAUUUGCGUAAGGAAUUAUAGAACGUUAUGCAUUCCGCGAAACCUCCAUUUAAUGUUUACAAGAAAAAGGAGCAGAAAUUUUUAAAUAUUUGAAUGCUGCACUAUAUAGCCUUCUUUCCUUGUAAACUAAUUUCAAUGUCGAAAUGGAAGCUGUUAUUUUUACACGAUGAUUAAAUAAUAUAUUAACAUUCCAUUUUAUUAGUAUACAUUAAUAGAUCAGUGCUAGUAUCAAUGUUAGUGCCACAGAUAUGUUCCUAAUUAUUGCUUGAUACAAACGAGAAAAAAAUGAAUAAUAAAAUAAUGAUUGACAAGAGUAAGAAAUUAUCACGCUGGUACUUUGGUGGUGUUUCUUCUGCAGCUGCUGCAUGCGUGACCCAUCCUCUGGAUUUAUUGAAGGUUCACUUGCAAACUCAACAAGAAGGCAAGCUAUCAAUAGUACAUUCCACCAUUGGAAUCAUUAGGAAACAAGGAAUAUUAGCUUUAUACAAUGGACUCAGUGCUUCCCUACUUCGCCAACUUACAUAUUCUACCAUAAGAUUCGGAGCGUACGAGGUCGGCAAACAGACACUCGAAUCGUCUGGUCAUCCAUUACCCUUUUAUCAAAAGCUAUUGCUGGCUGGGGUUUCGGGUGCUACGGGCGGUGUUUUUGGGACUCCCGGUGAUGUGAUUAAUGUACGCAUGCAGAAUGACAUCAAAAUAGCACCAGAACUAAGAAGAAACUAUAAACACGCCCUGGAUGGACUGUUACGUGUAAUUCAGCACGAAGGGGUUCGCCAGUUAUUCAGUGGAUGUUCGACCGCGACUAUGAGAGCAGCGCUGAUGACUAUCGGACAAUUAAGCUUUUACGAUCAGAUUAAAACGAUGUUGUUACAAACUGGCUAUUUCAGGGAUAGUCCUUCGACACACGUUUUAUCCAGCGUGUCGGCAGGCGCUAUCGCAACAACGCUUACGCAACCUUUAGAUGUUUUGAAGACACGAGCGAUGAACGCUAAGCCUGGAGAAUUUAAAAAUUUAAUGGAAAUCUUCCUAUAUACUGCCAAACUUGGGCCACUGGCUUUCUUUAAAGGCUACGUACCUGCAUUUAUCCGGUUGGCACCGCAAACCAUUCUCACAUUUGUAUUCCUUGAACAGCUUAGAUAUAAUUUUGGAUUCUAUCCGCCAUCCAUGAAACCGUCGCUAUAAAUAAUGAGAUAGUUUUGAUAAAUGGUACUGUUUUAAGAUUUAAGUGGAUUUGUUUCAUAGCAAAUUCAUACAGGAAACAAACAGGUAGUGAUCGAAUUUUAUUAUAUGUGCAAAAUGCAAACACGUGAAAAUAUUUACAGCGAUUUUAAUUGUCCAGCUACGCACAGUUAGUUUGAUGAUUAUGCUUUAAUUAGGAAUUAAUCAUUGUUUCCUUUAGAGAUACUUUAAUCAAAUUACAGAUCAUUGUAUCUUUCAAUCGAUACAUUCCUUAUAUUAAUUGUGAUGUAUGUUUAUGUUGACGUAAACACAUAUCUUUUAAAAUAUAUUAUUUAAAAUAUAUUAAUAUAUUUAUAUAUAUGGACAAUAUUAAAUAACGUACAGAUUUAUACGUAUAUUUAAUUGUAUCUUUUACACAUACAUGAAGUGAUCUUUUAAGUACAAACAACAAGAUAUAUAUUUACUUAUGAAAACUUU